AGCAUUUCCGAACUUUGAAGACGACAUUCCCAAACAUAUUCCAGGUUGGGAGAUGUCAAUAGAUGAUACGGAUUGUGCAUCAGCAAUUAGAGAGAAGAAUCUAAGAAGUUUACAGGAAAUGCUGAAAAAGAAAGGACAAAGGAGUAAACCAAAACUAGAGAGCAAAACUCUUCUAACUAGAUGUGUAGUAAGCCUGCUAGUUAUGGGACUAUUGGCUGGGGUUGGGUUUGGUUUGUAUAAACUACGAGAAGCAGAGAAGACAAACGAGGCCGUGUACAUCAUUCCUAUUGUAAUCCAGGGAAUUAUGCUCCUUCUUCCCUGGUUGUUCUCUGUUAUAAGUCAGUUAGAGAAAUGGAGUGCUCAAGAUGGUAUUUUCGUUCGACUAACCAGAUCUUUCCUCCUUGCUGGUGUAAUGCUGGGAGUAAUUGUCGGCUUUUCACUCAGUCUGGUAACUAGUUACCUGUAAUAGUUGAGACUGAAUUUAAAGUUUU